UGCCUUUCUGGCUGCUAAUAUAUAAACGGUAGCGAGCGUUUCCACCAACAGUUUCGUGUGUCUGCAGAGAAUACGUUACACGUUCUACUGUACGAGUUACGAGAUGAUGCCGACGGGCUUCCUACUCCUCCUCUUCACCGGUGUAGCGUUAGCGUAUUCUCCUUUUCAAACCAACCAAUAUAUGGAUACGGUUCUUCACACCAAUCUUCCUAAUGCCGGCCUACGUUCCAAUAUCGAUCCGGCUAUAUUAAACAAUUUCCAGUUACAACGUAAUGUUGAAUAUUUUAAAGGAAAUAUGACGGGCUUGUUUAGGGGAAGAAGGGCCGGAGACUGUUCUCCGAUAUAUCGCGAUCGCUACGGUAACGCUACCCUCAACUGUACAAUCCAAUUCGGAGAUAUAAAGUUUCGAUUCCAGGGUAAGUUGACCGAGGGGAGGACGACGACGCUUUUCUCCGCCACUGCCACUAUGUCUCCCGGUUACGCUUACGUCGAAGUAACUUCGAGAUACAAUUUCAAUUCUCCGUCGAUGAGAACGAUGCAUUUGACUCAAAAUGGAAAAUUUUCUGUGGCAUUAAGAGGAUUAGAUAGAGCUAGUAGAAAAUUGAUAAAGCUUGCGAAGGAUGGUUUCAUUCAGAGAAUAUCCAGCGAAUUUUUUAAUGUAUUUCAACACAACUACGUCCCCGCUAUGGGCACAGCUUGCGCCCGUACCCGAAUGCCUAUAUAAAAUAUUGGAAUAAAAUAUUUAGCCAAUUAUUUUAUAUUCGAAUGUAAAUCGCUUUGUAUCCGCUCGUACGUUCUGAAUAAAUUUUGGUAUUUGUACUUAU